UUCUCCAAUCUCAGCUGGGAGGUGGGAUCACACAUUCCUAAACAGUCCCUCUUUUUGCGUUUACUGUCCCCACUGCUUCCUCCUGUGGAAGUGAUCGCUACUUUGUGCACUAGUGCAAUGGGCUCCGUGCACAUACAGCUCUGUCCCUGUCUGAUGAAGACCCCACAGAAAGUCGUGCCAGGCUAUGUACGAUGGACAGUGACAGUGGCUGGGCACUGAGCUGACCUCAUUUACUUUAUUUCUUAUACAUUGCCUCCUUCUAGGAUGGAAGAUGGACCCUAUGUGUGCAUGGCAGUCUGGCUCAGGGCUUACCCAUUUGGUGCCACCCUGCUCCUCAUGCUUUUAUAUCUGACAUGUAGUAACCCCACCAGAGCCCCCUACAUGAUAUGCGGACCUUCUUUAUUAAAUGUAGAUGGGAUACAAGCUUCUUCAUAUAGGCAAUACAGAGAGGAUUGCAGAGGCCUCAUGGAUGAUGCAGGACCACCCAAUGCCACCCCUCAUCGUGUGCCCCUGGGCAGGGACUUGGGUCCUACCAUAGUGAUGCAGAGUCCAGGUCACAGACAACUGAGAGGUGGAAUUGUAGCAGAAUCCAGUACAGAUGUGUGCCCUAAACGGACAUCUCAACCACAUGAGGCUUCAGACUUGUUUGUGACAUCAGCAGCCCCCGGAACCGCGUGGACUCACUCGCUAUAUGCCCUGAUGCCUUCGUGGGUGAAAAGGGCGCUGUACAAGCGUGCGACAGUGACACAGAAACGACAACCCCGAGAUGUCCCAUCUUCUUCCAGUGGCGUAACAUUCCACAAAUGUGCAACUUUAAAUGACCAGGGAGGGCAGCAAACCACCUCCGUCCAACUGGUUGCAAACAACUCCGCCUCAGCAAUAAAGUUGUCUAAUGUUACUAUCUCUGACAACAUUACCGGCCUCAUCAUUGGAGAAGUCAGUUACAACAGCAGCACCUCGGGAACUGGCAUGCAGAGCUUCAGGAAAGAAUCUCUAACAGCUGGAGACUCCUUUAUAGUAUCAUAUGCUGCGUCGAUAAACACAAUGAAUGCCCAGAACGGACUGAAGUUUUCACUUCCCGCUGUGUUAACCUUUCAAAAUUCUACAGAGGUGUCUGCAGCAACAUUUAAUGUUGUGGUCCCAUUUUCCAUCACCGCAGUGGAAGUCUCCCAGGUGCUGCCUGACCAUGCUCUACAUUUUGCUGGAUUCAUUAUCGCCUUCGUUGUCUCGUUUUUGUUGACGUGCGCAGUUUUUCUUCUUCUCUACUACUCCAAGUGGUUCAAAAGUAGAUUAUCAGGACAAUCACAUCGAAUUGAUGAGCAAAAACAUAAACCACAAGCCAAACCCACCGAUGCAGUCACCGAAGACUCUGCUGCGAUUAAUCGUUUGAUUGACAUCCUGGCCCUGGAAGAGCCAGAGAACAUGCUUCAAGCGUUGGAUGACUCAGAGAUCAGCAGUAUAACCCAGGCAGAUGCAUAUUUGGAAGUGUGUCGAAUUCAAGUCUGCAAAGAUGUCACUGGGAUACUGCUGAGGCAGAUGGCCAGCACCGGGAGCCUCUCACCUCUGGAGGAGAGGAAGAUGUACGCUGCCCUGAGCGGGCACUGGAGCCACCUUGAGAAGAGAAUACGAGAAGAACAUCAGAGGAAAAUGGUGGCUCUGACGGCAGAAUGUAACCUGGACACCAGAAAACAAAUGGACAUUCAGUUGCGCAGGCAGAAAGAGGCUAGCGAAGAGGCGGAGGGGAUCAUGAAGCAUGCUGAGGAAAAGUCUUUCACAGAAUACAGAUCUCUCCUUGACAAGUUCCAUGGCCUCGAACAAACUGAGAUGAAGAGAAUACUUUUGUAUAAACAAGAGGAGCAGUUUGCCAGGGGCUACAGAGAGCUGACUAUCACUCACAGAACUGAACUUCAUAAGAUCUUCUUUGACCAAGUGACCCAUUCAGUGAAAAAUAAACCAGAAGUGCAAAAGGAUGUAAUUGAAGACUAUUUGAAAGUCCAGGUGGAGGCAGAAGACCUUCUGGAUUUUUUGCAAGCUACAAAAAAAUAUCACAUGAAUAAAAGACUUGCAGCUCAGAAGAACUUGUUAUACAACAUCCAACUAGGUGACAGUCGAGCUAGAUGUCUUUUGAAUUCUGCAGCAACACAAAUAGCGAAUCUUAUUAACAGGACAGAAAGGGCAGGACACAUAACGGACAGCCAGGCAGAGUCGCUUUUGGAAAGAUCCCAGACAGAAGUUUUAAAAGUGAAACAGAAGUUAGAAAACGUAUUGAAGCAGGAAAAGCGGAAAUUGCACCAGAAGCUUACGUCCAAGCGGAGCCGUCACAUUGCACAGAGGCUAAAAGAACAGAAGAAAGAGCUGAGCAGCACGCAGGAAGUCGGUAAGAACGGUAAGGAAGUGCAGCCCUAUUUGGAGCACUGGAGAAAACUGUUUGCUAAUCAUUGCCGGGAGCUUGAGGAGCUGUACGAGAAGCAUGAUAAUGAUGCCACAGAUGAAUUAAAGGAGAUUAAAUACAGCCUGACCGAGAAGGCAAUUGAAGAUCUCCGACACAUCCAAAGUGCUGUAAUUAUACAAGAAAUGAUAAAACUCAACGUGCCCAGACUACAUCUGCAACAAGUGCUGGAUGAGCACAAAAGAGAGACGGCACUCUUGGCUCAGCAGCUGGAGAAGGAGGAAAGUGACAAGGUGGGCGAGUCGAGAGCAUCUCUGGAAAUCACCGUGCGGAAGCUCGAUGACGAAUUCAAACUGAACCUUAAAGAGCAAAAGAAUCUGAGACACUGGGAGCAGCUGCUGUUUAUGAAGAUUCUCCUCUUACCGCUUUGUGUGUCUGAAGAUGACGUACAUAAGAUAAAGCAGGAGUUCUACUCUAGCUUUUCCCAGAUGGACAUUCCGUUGGCUCUCCCCAAAAUACAAGGCAGAAUGCUGCUCCAGAAAUACUUAAGUGACUGGGAAAAAGCAGAGCUGCAGAAAAUAGACCAAAACAUAUCGGAAGUUGAGAAGAAGUCGAGUUCAAAGACGAUGAAACAUCCUCAGGAUAGCGCUGCAGAGAUCCUGAAGAAAUCUGUAGAGGAAAAAGUACUGAUUUAUGAAGCACAAAUUACAGAUGACAAGAUUAAGCAGGCCCGAGGAGAGCUGCUUCUGCAACGAGUACAUCAGCUGAAGGCCAGAGAGUAUACAUUGGGAGAAUAUAUUGCUUCUUUACAGUUCCAGGUUGUUAAUAAUAAACUGCGGGCCCUGGAAAGCCACUCAGCACUUCUGCAGCUGCAGUCUCUGUUACUGAAGGAGGAGAAGAGCAAGUCUUCCAUCACCUCAGAGUAUGAACAGCUCCUGCAGACACUAAACCAGGAAAUAAGAGAGAUGGAUAGAAAAUUGGAAAACUGGAUACUUAAAGAGACAACCAUCAAUAGCAUUAAGGAGGAGGAUAAACUUCAUGUCACUGUGGAUGUUUCUGGUGAAGAGGAGAGUUUGCCUGUCUCAGCGACUCUACGCAAGACCCUGAACAGGCGGAAAUCCAUAAUAAGUCAUUACAGAGACAGAAUGCAGAGGGAACAAAUGGAGUAUGCGCUGGUGGAAGACCAAGAGGAGAAAGCCCAAAUGGACACAGCCCUAAGACUACACAAUCAGGAUAUCCGAUUGGCAGCUUAUCUGACAAAGCGAUCCCUGGUACCAGAGGGGAUGCUGCACCGAAUCCUCAGCCUGCUGCUUCCUGCAAGCCCGGAGAGUGAAAUAUCGUCUCUUCUAUAUUCAGUGGGUCAUAAAUAUUCAGACAGCGUCACAGAGAGUGACAGCAAUGAGGAUGGAGCUGACAGCUGGAAGAAGAGCAGGAAACAACAGGAGCUGUGGGUGGUCCUUGAGAAGCAAAUCAGGGAAGGUUUGGUAAAUACAGAGGAUGAGAAGGGUACAUUUUCUGCCAGGAAGAAGAGAAGCAUCCUGAAGAAGAAGAGACUGCGGCCUGUGAAGCGUGUCUCGUUUUCACACUCGGACAGUCUCUCCAAGCUCCUCCAGACCAGCAUUCGCUCCGAACAGUUUGGAAGUACAGAGUCCUUACACCUUCCAGAUGCUCCAGAGAAACUCUUCAUCUUCCGAGCCCCCAGUGUCUCUCCCACCCCUCUAAGGCUGCCCAGCAAGAAGCGAAACUUUCUCAAUUCCAAGAAGUCCAACGCCGUUUUUUCCUAAUGUGAUUGAAGGAGAUGGCAGUAACAUAAACCAAAAUGAUUUAUUUAUUAGUAUUUAUGCAGUGUAUUCUAUUUAUAAGCUGUGGCAUUCCGGCACUGUCUUUGUAUAUAAAAUUAAUAUGUAAAUAUGAAAAAUCUCAUUAAAAAUGUACAUGUAUAAAAUAUAAA